CUAAUGGCUUGAGCUAGGAAAAGAUGAAGGAUAAGGAAGAAGAAGCAGAGAGCACUUUAUAGAUGAGGCUUAAAGCGGCAACGUGACUGCAGCGACUCGCAUUAGUGAGUCACGGAAAAAAAUCCGGAAGAAUGAGAGAGGGCUUCGUGUCCUGGUGUCUAUCGGCCGUCAAAUAUGCCCUCCUGAGCCUCAAGGCCUCAAGGCGGAGGAAGGCUGAACUGAAAACUGAAAGGGCACGCCUAGGGCGCUCGCCGUGCGUCGAAAACGACAAGCUCGCUCGCGAAUUCCGCCGGACGGAGUCGCCAUCCUGUCGUUUCGAGGAUCGCCUCCUUGGCGACUCACAUCGGCGUAGGAGCCGCGGGUUCCCGUUUCCGGGCGGAUUUCGUGCGCGGGAAACGCGCGCCGACGGAGACGAUCGCACGUGGCGGUCCACCGCGCAGCGCCGCUCGACAUUCCGGCCGAUUAUUCGAUCGUCGUUAACUGCAUUCCGCGCUCGGAUUCUCCGCUGCGUCUGCUUGACUCUCCUCUUCCUCCUCCUCCUCCUCCUCCGGAGGACGGAGUCCCUCGAACUCUCCUCCUCUCCCUCUUCGUACGCACACGUGACCGGGGUGAAUUCGCGCGCGCUUUUGCCCGAUCUCACUCGAGGUCCUGCUUUUCCCGCCUACCGCAGGAUCCUGCGCUCGCCGGACAGGUACUGAACCCUAUUCUGCUCCCCCCUGCUCCAACUUGCGCCCCCCUCUCUACCCCCGUGCUACAUCGGCGGCUGUUCCACCUGAAGCUUCAUUCUUGCCCGGCACAUUCUACCCGGCUACUGGCCUCUCGUCGUCUUCCGCUCUGCCACCUUUAAAGCGACGCCGUCGCGUCUUCAGCGCGUCACUUCGCGCUCAGCCUUCGUCGCCCACCGGUCUCUCCCGUCGUUGUCGCUUCGGAGGGCUCGGUCCGUCGGUCUUGCUGCAUUUUCCCGUGGAUUGCCGCUAGAAAGCCGGCGCGCGGACGCUCGACGUUGAAUCAGCCGGGAGGCAGCGCGGUAAUAGUGAAUAAUUAGCGGCCAAUCUCGACGAUCGUUAGGCCCGGCCGAGGAGGCGAGCUGCUCUUCGCGAGGAGAAGAAGAGGAAGAGGCGAGACGUGUGUGUUGACGUUCGCUCGUGAAUCGCCCGCUCGUCAGCGCUAGUCGCGUCUCAUCCAUCAGGCAUCACUUGCGCCGGGAUCGUUGGGAAGGACGUUCAUCAGUUACCGAUCAAUUACCUCGAAUUACCGCGCGGCGUUCUGCAGCGACGAGUGUUGUCGCCACGGUGCAGCCACGUUUGCCGGCCAGUUUUGUGAUGUGCUGCUCGUGCUAGCCCUGAGGAAUAUCCUGCUGCCGGCCGCCGCAUAUUCGAUUGUUCCACGCACGCAACGAGAAUCGUCCCGAAAGGAUACGCCGAGAACGAACUGAGCGAGAACCGGAGGGAGUCGACACCAUGUCGCUGAUCGAUCACCACCACGCGGCUGAGUUGCUGAUGAACGCGACUCCGCAUUAUCACGAUGAAGAAGCGCUGUCGUCGGACGACGAUCCGUCACGUGUACUUGUCGCCAAAGGCGUCACCAUGGCGGUUCUCUGCACCGUCAGCACGUGCAUGGGCAUUCUGCCGAUGUUCUUGGCCAAAUGGUACAAGUGGGACACCACUGAGCACGUGAAUCCCAGAUCGAUGAAGACGGUGGGCCUGCUGCUCGGCUUCGGCGGAGGCGUUCUCCUCAGCACGACAUUUCUCCACUUAUUACCGGAAGUGACGGACGGCGUAGGCCAUCUCAUCGAGGAAGGCAAACUACCCAAGCUCAGCUUCUCAUGGGCAGAGAUGCUCGCGUGCACCGGGUUCUUCAUCAUGUACUUUGUGGAGGAGUGCGUGCACACGUAUCUGCGGUGGAGGCAGCGGCGGGGGGCGGGCAAGGCGAAAGACGUGAACCGCAGCACGAACGAGCUGAUGGAGAGCGGCCAGGUGCCGCCGUGCGCCAACGGCCACACACACAUGGGCCACAGCCACCUGCCGGUCAUCAUGGAGAGCAACGAGGACGACUUCGUCAUCAGCUCGCUGAGGGGGCUGCUAAUAGUCCUCGGCUUGUCCGUGCAUGAACUCUUCGAGGGCCUGGCGAUCGGCUUGGAAAGUUCCGGCAACUACGUCUGGUACAUGUUCGGGGCAGUGGCGGCCCAUAAAUUCGUUAUAGCCUUCUGCAUCGGAGUAGAGCUGAUCGCUUCGAAGACCAGGUGGUAUCUGUCCGUAAUUUACGUAUUCACGUUCGCGGUGGUGUCGCCCAUCGGAAUUGGCGUCGGCAUGCUACUGGUCGGCGGUGGAAGCGCGGCCGCGAGCGGCCCGAUGGCGGUGAUACUGCAGGGUCUGGCGUCGGGUACCCUCCUCUACGUGGUGUUCUUCGAGGUGCUGCAGGAACAUCGGAGCGGUCUGAAGCAGUACCUCUCGAUCCUCGUGGGUUUCAUCCUCAUGUUCGGCAUACAGAUGUUGACCGCCCACUCCCACUCACACUCGCACUCGCACGGUGGCCACAGCCACGGGGACCAGCACGAGCACGAGCACGAGCAUGAGCAUAAGCACGAGCUGAAGAGCCACCACGGCCACUCGCACGCGCACGACGAGACGACGACCGUCCUCACGGACGCGAUCGACAAGGUGACGGGGAAUCUGGUGGAAGCCUUGUCGAACGUCCUCACGUCGUCCACCACCAGCGCCACUUCCAGCGCAGCGACGCAGCAGCCGAAGGACCUCGUCAACAUCACCGACUCGUCCUCGCUUCCGCACAGUUAGGGACAGACCGUCGGGUUCCGCCGACGGGCUUCUGACGGUGCGGAGGAGCCUGCAAAAGGGCAAGUUCGCGGGAAGCUGAAGACGUGGCCAUUCAGCGAACUUGUGUCUCUUCUCGAUGGCGGCGACGCGGGCAUUAGGUGCCUCCGUCAGGACGGACAUGGACGGACUUUUAUGGACCACCCGCCCGCAACUGCGUGCGCGACACGCCGAUCGUGGGGCGGGAGUGCCCGGGGCAGGGGGAACGGAGA